ACAUUUCUCCGACGAUGAGCCAUUUCGGAUUUUAGGGUUUAAGCAGGGUUUUGGGAUGAUCGUGUGAAACCCAUUGAGCUUUAGGGAUCCAUGAAAAGAGAAAUUUCUUGAAAUAAAAUGCGGGGAUUCACUUUGUUGUCUCGAUCUCUUGCCCGCGGCUUCUGCACCUCAUCUAAUACCGAUAAGAUCGUCGCUGCCGUCUUGUUCGAGAGAUUGCCGGUAGUCAUUCCUAAGAUCGACCCUGUCAUCUACGCAUUUCAGGAGUUCUCGUUCAAGUGGGGGCAACAAUAUCGACGGAAAUAUCCGGAUGAGGUCCUAACAAAGUCUGAAUCUAGGGGAAAAGGUGACUACCAGAUUGAUUAUGUUCCUGCAUCGCGGGUCACUGAUGAUGACAGGACAAACAACCGAAGGUCAUUACAGAGGGCACUGGACAGACGACUCUAUCUUCUCCUCUAUGGUACCACUUAUGUGGCUCCUGGAGGAAAACCUGUCUGGCAUUUUCCAGAAAAGGUUUAUGAGUCGGAAGAGACCUUGCGCAAGUGUGCCGAGUCAGCUUUAAAAUCGAUUAUUGGAGACCUUUCCCACACGUAUUUUGUUGGGAAUGCUCCUUUUGCCCAUAUGGUUAUACAGCCAACAGAAGACGUGCCUGACCUUCCGUCAUUCAAGCGGUUCUUCUUCAAGUCUCAAGUAAUUGCUGCUAACAAGUUCCAGAUUGGCAAAAGCGAGGAUCAUGUAUGGGUUACGAAGGAUGAAUUAAUGGAAUAUUUUCCAGAGCAAGCUGCCUUCCUUAACCAGAUGAUCAUUAGUUGAGGCUGCUGCUCCCAUCUUCAAGUUCUCAUCAAAAUUUCCUGAAACAAUUCUCUCCAGUGAGUUUGAGCUCUGGAAAGCUUGAUCACACCUAGCAGUAAUCAACAUAGAUUUCAUGUUCUGGACAAGGAUUUUUAGGUCAUGGGGAUGACACCCUAUUUUCAGCGUAUUUGAAUUAUUUAUCGACUGUUCUAUUCAUUUUUGUCAUGGAAUGUACAAUUGUUCGCUAAUCAAGUAAACAAAGUUUUGCAGAAUAAAAAGGGUUUAAUGUAAGG